AUGCUAACCGCUAACCUGAGCUAACGAGCGUCACGGCAGCGCAGUGAAUCUACGUCAGCACGCCAGGAUGACGCGGCAGCAGGGGGCGUGGUCUGUCGUAGCGGAGCAGCGGAUCGUUUUUUCUCGUCUCGUCUGAAAAAAGUCUCAGACGAUGACGUGACCUCGGAGCCGCAGAUCAGUGACCUCAGCUGUCGGGAUGGACGACCUCCGGGCCGUGGCUGUGGGCGCUUUCCAUGCGUGGAUGUUCGUGGUGGUGUUCCUCAUCAUGCUGCCCGCCAUGUUCGGCCUCUCGCUGGGCGUCACCAGCGUCUACAUCCAGAUCCUGGUCAAAAUCCUGGAGUGGGCGACGUUACGAAUCCAGAGAGGACGCCAGCAGCAGCCGAGCGUUCCCGUGCCUCUGCCCAACGGGAUCAUUGAGCGAGCGGGCGGCUCGAUGGAGGAGGAGAUGGCGCCGCUGCGGAACUCUGUGUCCCCGGCAGGGGCGGAGUUCUCCCUGAGCGACGCCCUCUUCUUCUACAAGGAGGGCGUGGAGAGCAUCGUGGACGACCAGGUGACGCAGCGCUUCUCCUCCGAGGAGCUCGCCUCCUGGAACCUCCUCACACGCACCAACCACAACUUCCGCUACAUCAGCCUCCGCCUCACCGUCAUCUGGGGCCUCGGCGUCUUCGUACGUUACUGCGUCCUCUUCCCUCUCAGAAUCACUCUCGCUGUCAUCGGACUCUCGUGGCUCGUGAUGGGAACGACUCUGGUCGGCUUUCUGCCUGAAAGCAGUGUGAAGACGUGGCUCAGUGAACUGGUUCAUGUGACCUGCUACAGAAUCUGUGCCAGAGGUUUGUCAGCGACCGUCCACUAUCACAACAGAGAGAACCGGCCUCAGAAAGGAGGAAUCUGUGUAUCCAAUCACACGACACCGAUCGACGUCGUGAUUCUGGCCAAUGACGGCGGCUACGCGAUGGUGGGUCAGAUUCACGGAGGUCUGAUGGGGGUCAUCCAGAGGUCGAUGGUCAGGUCGUGUCCCCACGUUUGGUUCGAGAGGUCGGAGAUGAGAGAUCGCACCGCGGUGACCAGCAGGCUGAGAGCUCACGUAGCAGCAAGGAACAAACUUCCCAUCCUGAUAUUUCCUGAAGGAACUUGCAUCAACAACACGUCGGUCAUGAUGUUUAAGAAAGGAAGCUUUGAAAUCGGAGGAAUCAUCCACCCGGUCGCCAUCAAGUACGACCCUCGGUUCGGAGACGCGUUCUGGAACAGCGGUAAAUACAACAUGGUGAGUUACCUGCUCCGCAUGAUGACCAGCUGGGCCAUCGUCGUCAACGUGUGGUACCUCCCUCCCAUGACCAUACAGGACGGUGAGGACGCAGCUCAGUUUGCCAACAGAGUGAAAUCUGCUGUCGCUCAUCAGGGCGGACUCCUGGACCUGGACUGGGACGGAGGAUUGAAACGAGGGAAAGUGAAGGAUUCUCUGAAGGAGGAGCAGCAGAAGAAGUACAGCAGCAUCAUCACCGGACAGAACAACGUGGACGAGCCGUGACCCCCCCGAUCACGACUCCUCGUCAUUAACGAUAUGAGAACUUUCUAUAAACGGCUCAGAUCCUUGUUUCCUUCCUCCUGACGUCCUGUGUGUAACGGUGUGUGUUCACCAGCAGGAGGCAGCGUGUGAUAACAGUUGACUCGGUCCAGAUCAUGUGACGCUUUAAAAUGAAGCAGAUAUUCAGUUCAAAAUGUUAUUAUCUGUUUAUAAAUGUGUUUUUAAACUGAA